AUGGCUUCAACUGCUGCAGUACCGGCCACAAAUACAAAUGGGAACCAUGCACUAAGUGUGGAUUCACAUUCCAGCCAAGAUGUUAGGCGGCGAACAGUUGUUGUUGCAAAGAAAAAGCCUACACCUGAGCUUCUUACUGAAGGUGGAGUUAAUGGGGUCUCAGAUGAUAAGGUUUCUAGUAAGAAGGAUAUUGGUCAUACAAGCCGUGGAGAGUCAGUUAUCGACAAACCGAAAUAUUCAUCUGAGGGAAGAAAAGAUGCACUUCCUCCAGCACCUUCUGCUGAACAUCGAAAGAAAAGUACUACUAAACAAGAAAAAGCCAAGUGGGAAACUGCACUAAGUGUGCUGAUGAAGCUUUGCCUUCUUUUUACGGCUUUUGCUUGGAUGGGGCAGGUGUUAUGGGGAUGGCAAAAUGGGGAUCUAUCAUUUACAGCACUUGAUAUGAAGAGCAGACUAUCCAAGGUAGAGGUGUUCAAGAAGACGACUAGGAUGCUCCAGGUGCAACUGGACAUUUUAGAUAAGAAGCUAGGAGAUGAGAUCGGCAAAGCAAAAAGGGACAUCACAAAGCAAUUUGAUGACAAGGGCAAGAAGUUAGAGACAAAGGUGAAGACAUUGGAAGGCAAGGCUGACAUAUUAGACAAGUCACUUGCUGAACUGAGAGACAUGGGUUUUGUCUCCAAGAAAGAAUUUGAUGAGAUUCUGACUCAGUUGAAGAGAAAGAAGGGUUUGGAUGGCACUGGGAGUGAUAUAACCUUAGACGAUGUAAGAAUAUUUGCCAAAGAAAUAGUGGAGAUGGAGAUAGCCAGGCAUGCAGCAGAUGGCCUUGGAAUGGUGGAUUAUGCAUUAGGGUCUGGUGGUGGCAAAGUGGUUAAGCAUUCGGGUGCUUUCAAGAAAGCUAAGAGCAUUCUUCCUCGUCGUAGUGAAAGUCACAAAAUGCUGGAGCCAAGUUUUGGACAGCCAGGAGAAUGUUUUGCACUGGAAGGAAGUGCUGGAUUUGUGGAAAUCAGGCUCAGGACAGGAAUUAUUCCUGAGGCAGUCACUCUAGAGCAUGUCGACAAGAGUGUGGCCUUCGACCGCUCCAGCGCUCCCAAGGAUUUCCAGGUCAGCGGGUGGUACCAAGGAGCAGACGACGAUUCAGACAAGCAACCACGCACGCCGACAAGCCUAGGAGAGUUCACUUACGACCUCGAGAAGAGCAACGCCCAGACCUUCCAGCUAGACAGAACCACCGCCGACGCAUCUGUGGUCAACAUUGUCCGGCUCGACUUCUCCUCGAACCAUGGGCAGCCUGAGCUGACGUGCAUCUACCGCUUCAGGGUGCACGGCAGCGAGCCUGGCUCUCUUCGGCACCGCGGCAUCGUGAGGCCUGAUCUAGUUAGUACCUGUGUGCCUGGGACCAUACGGUCUUCCCUCUUUAGCUUUGAUUGA